AUGCUGAGCCCGUCUUCUCUCUUCUUUUGGACCAAAAUGAUGACUUCUUUUGAAUGCAUUCUUCUUCAGGAUUUUAAUACGUUUUCACAAAUUUUCCUUUUUUUUUUCUUAAUCAUUCUUUUCUCUCUUUCUCUAAUCUUGGUAUUUUUUUCUUUUAUUCUUUCUUUUUCUCUCAAUUUUUAUAUUUUCUUUUUCUCUUUUUCCUAUUUUCUUUUUCUUCUUCUCUUGCUUUUUAUAUUUUCUUUGUUUUGUUUUAGGUUUUAUUUUUCUUGCUUUUUCUUUUUAUAUUUUCUUUUUCUUCCUCUCUUUUUUUCAUAUUUUCUUUUUUCUUUCUAUAGUUAUAUAUAUUUUAUUUUUCCCUCCUUUUAUAUUUUCUUUUUCUUCUCUUUGUUUUUCCUAUUUUCUUUUUCUCCCUCUCUUUUUUCCUAUUUUCUCUUUUUUCUCUCUCUUUCUUCCUAUUUUCUCUUUCUUCCUCCUUUUUCAUAUCUUUCUUCUUCCUCUUUUUUCCUAUUUUCUAUCUCUUUUUCUUUCUUUCUUUUUCAUAUUUUCUUUCUUUCUUUUUCAUAUUUUUUCUUCCUCUCUUUUUUCAUAUUUUUUCUUCCUUUCUUUUUAUAUUUUCUUUUUCUUUCUCUCUUCAUAUUUUCUUUUUUCUUUCUAUAUUUAUAUAUAUUUUAUUUUUCCCUCCUUUUAUAUUUUCUUUUCCUUCUCUCCUUGUUUUUCCUAUUUUCUUUUUCUCCCUCUUAUUUUUCCUAUUUUCUCUUUCUUCCUUUCUCUUUUUCCUAUUUUCUUUCUCCCUCUCUUUUUCCUAUUUUUUCUUCCUUUCUUUUUUUCUUUUUUUCCUCUCUCCUUUUCAUAUUUUUUCCUUCUUUCUGUUCUUUCCUCUGUUCUUUUUUCUUUCUCUUUCCAUUCUACCGUUUUUCUCUUUUACUUUUCUUUCUUCUGCCUCUCCGUUUCUUUUCUCAUCUAUUAACUUAUUUAGAAUUUUACUUUAUAUUUUUUCUCUUCCUUCACCUCCUAAUAAGACUCUUUUUUUUCUAUCUUUCAUAUUUUAUUCUUUCUUUUCAUCCCCUGAUCAAAUCUUGGCCUUCAUCUUCUUUGAUUCUAUCUAUCUCAAUCUGCUCAUAUCUGUCUAUCUAUCUCAAUCUGCUCAUAUCUGUCUAUCUAUCUAUCUAUCUAUCUCAAUCUGCUCAUAUCUAUCUAUCUAUCUAUCUAUCUAUUUGUUAA